AUGUUGAAGGCUUCUCCUGCUUCACUUCUAGGUGUCCACGUCUUUGGCCUUUGUGCCACAGCUCUCAUCACUGACAUCAUACAGCUGUCAAGGUAUCAAACGCCAUAUUUCCUGACUGUAUGCAAGCCUAACUAUACAUCACUCAACGUAUCCUGCUCAGAAAAUUCUUACAGUGAGGAUAUUUGCUCAGGAAAUCCCAUCAUCAUCAACGAUGGAAGAAAGUCAUUCCCUUCACAACAUGCCACCCUGGCAGCAUUUGCAGCUGUGUACAUUUCGAUGUACUUCAAUUCCACGUUAACCGACUCCUCUAAACUUCUGAAACCACUCCUAGUAUUUGCAUUUAUCAUCUGUGGGAUUAUAUGUGGACUGACUCGCAUCACCCAGUACAAAAACCAUCCAGUUGAUGUUUACUGUGGCUUUUUAAUUGGAGGUGGAAUUGCCCUGUACUUGGGCCUGUAUGCUGUGGGGAACUUCCUGCCGAGCGAAGACAAUAUGUUCAACCAGAACCCACACAGAGAACCGUUAAGGUCUUUGACUGACCUGAGCCAAGAUCCCAGUCGAAUUUUACCCGGGAAAAACGGAAGCGGCAACGACGUCAUCCCCCCUCACCACGCCGAGAGUAUGUUAAACAGGAACCACAGGGACACGGGCUCCCUGACCAACCUCAAAAGGGCAAAUGCUGACGUAGAAAUUAUAACGCCGCGAAGUCCAAUGGGGAAGGAGAACAUGGUGACUUUCAGCAACACACUGCCGAGAGCCAACACGCCUGCGAUGGAAGAGUCGGCUCGUCGGAACGCAACCAUCCAUGCAUCUAUGGAUUCUGCCCGCUCCAAACAGCUUCUGUCCCAGUGGAAGAACAAGAAUGAAAGCCGGAAGUUGUCCCUGCAGGUGAUCGAGAUGGAUUCUGGGCAGUCACCACCUCGAGCAAUUGAAAUGAGGUCUAGCUCUGAGCCAUCCAGGGUUGGCGUUAAUGGCGAUCACCAUGGGCCUCCCAGUCAGUAUCUGAAAAUCCAGCCCGGCAGCAUGCCAGGCUGCAAUAGCGUUGGCCUUUCUGGUGGGCCAAGAGUUUCUAUUCAAUCCCGGCCCGGUUCUUCACAGCUUGUCCACAUCCCCGAAGAGACGCAGGAGAAUGUGAACACGUCUCCCAAAACGAGCUCCGCCCGAGCUAAGUGGCUGAAGGCCGCCGAGAAGACUGUCGGGUGCAGAAGCAACAGCCAGCCAAGGAUCAUGCAGGUCAUCGCCAUGUCAAAGCAGCAAGGCGUCCUUCAGGGCAGCCCAAAAAGCUCCGACGGCAGCACUGUCACCUGCACGGGCUCCAUCCGAUACAAAACCUUGACGGAUCACGAGCCGAGCAGCAUCGUGCGAGUCGAAGCCCACCCCGAAAACAACAGGCCCAUCAUUCAGAUGCCAUCGGAAGGCGAAGGAAGCGGCUCCUGGAAAUGGAAAGCUCCCGAGAAAGGAAGCCUUCGCCAGACGUACGAGCUCAAUGAUCUCAACAGAGACUCGGAGAGCUGCGAAUCUUUGAAGGACAGUUAUGGAUCCGGGGACAGAAAAAGAAGCAACAUCGACAACAGUGAGCACCACCAUCACGGGAUGACGACGAUCAGGGUCACGCCAGUAGAAGGCAGCGAGAUUGGCUCAGAGACCCUGUCUGUUUCCUCCAGCCGUGAUUCUACGCUUCGAAGGAAAGGUAAUAUCAUUUUGAUUCCUGAAAGAGGAAGCAGCCCGGAGAAUACCAGGAACAUCUUCUACAAGGGAACAUCCCCCACAAGAGCUUACAAAGAAUGAGGCUUGGUGCUUCCGCCCAGCCAUGCCACUGACAAUCGACACCGUUUGGUACUAGCUUUGUGCUCUCUCUACUUUUGAGCUGAUGCCGAAAUAUUCUUGAUGUGCCAAAAUAUCGACCAUCAGCCUGACCAUUUUUGGAUGUUGCUGAUGUGUAGUGAUUGUGCAUGAAUUUGUGGGUUUCAUGUUGCAGUGGAGGGGGAGGGGGAAGCACAAAUGCGAGAACCUAUCGAACGGGAUGUUUCCUAACAGGUUUUUCUUUCCCCCAGACUCAAAAUGUUUUUCCAAUGGGAACAAUGUCAACAAAAACAGCAAUCUUAAAUACAGACACCUUAUUUCCUGAAUGUGCCAACUUUUUGAUUUAUAUAUGUCUAAGGACAAUGGGCAAAAGGUGUACUAUCAGUGUUGUACUUCACCUUUGCGGGUUUUGCACCAAAAUUUAAUACAAGUCGGUGCUGAUUCUAACUUUACUUUUACUUUUACUUUUUUAGUAAACUUACAUACCUGUUCAUUGCUACAGACACAUGACGUUUUGAUGUGUAAUUCCUUUCCAAGUGAUAUUGCUGAAAAUAUGAUGCUGGCUGCAUUCAUUUAGAGUAGAAAAAUAUUGACAGCUUUGUUAUAGUGGGUAUUUCACAUUAAAAGAUUGCAAAGGUU